GUCCAUCUCAUAGCAGGCACAAACUCAUCCGUCCCCAGGUGAUUGGGAGAAGCAACGAUGACUCCUGGGAAGACCUCAUUGGUGUCACUGCUGCUGCUGCUGAGCCUGGAGGCGACAGUGAAGGCAGGAAUAACAAGCCCACAAAACCCAGGAUGCCCAAAUGCUGAGGACAAGAACUUUCCCCGGACUGUGAUGGUCAACCUGAACAUCCGUAACCGGAAUACCAAUUCCAAAAGGCCCUCAGAUUACUACAACCGAUCCUCCUCACCUUGGAAUCUCCACCGCAAUGAGGACCCUGAGAGAUAUCCCUCUGUGAUCUGGGAGGCGAAGUGCCGCCACUUGGGCUGCGUCAAUGCUGAUGGGAACGUGGACUACCACAUGAACUCCGUCCCCAUCCAGCAAGAGAUCCUGGUCCUGCGCAGGGAGCCUCGGCACUGCACCAACUCCUUCCGGCUGGAGAAGAUGCUGGUGUCCGUGGGCUGCACCUGCGUCACCCCCAUUGUCCGCCAUGUGGCCUAAGAGCUUUGGUUCAAAUCCCACACUCCCCAAAGCAGUUAGGCUUUCUGGAGAGCUGGCCUGGCCCCUCAGGAACCCUCAUCCUUCAAAGACAUAGCCCCAUUUCUGACUAAACUGAUUACUUACAGCAGUUCAUCCAAUUGAGCCUUCAGAGGUAACACUUGGCUAAGAGAUGAGAUCUGAAUUAUCUUUCCCUCUUUUCAAGAAGGAAGGUUUAGACUAAGUACUAGUUUGCUUUUUGUAUACUUUUCUAAAGGCUUUAAGUUAUUUAUGUAUUUAAUAUGCCCUGAGAUAAAUUUGGGAUAUAAGAUUCCAUUUUAAUGGAUUAUCUACUUUAUUUUGUAUGUCUUUUUAAAGAAACAAGACUUCGGGCUUGGGAAUUUUAUUAUUUAAAAGGUAAAACCUUUAUUUAUUUGAGCUAUUUAAGGACCUAUUUAUGUUUAAUUAUUUAGAAAAAAGGUGAAAAAGUGUGAUUAUCAGUUCUGCCUAGGGAAAUGCUAGAUAGAAUUAAAUAGUAGUGGAAAAUUUCUGAGUCUUUACAACAUACAGAUAUAGCAUUUCCUCCUCUUUGUCUUUUAAAAGUUAAAACAUGGCUGAAAAGAAAGACUAAACCUACUUUCAUAUUUAUUAAUUUAAAUUUUGAAACUUGUUGAGGUUUUACAAGUGAUACAGCAAGUCUAACUCUCUGUUCUGUUAAACCCUUAUAAUAAAAUCCCUCUGUGAUAAUAAAGUUUGGUAAGAAAA